AUGUCAUGGAAACAAUUUUCAAGGGUGUUAAGUAAAUUGUUAGGAAAACAAGGACUAAAAAAGUCACGACUAAAAUUUAGAGAAAUCAAAAAAAAUUUUAAAAUAGUUUUUAAUCUCAUUUUUGGUAAUUACUUUAAUCAAAUUUUAAAUAAGCCAACUAAAGGAUUGAUAAGUAAUUUUUUUGUUAAAUAUAUUUUUAAUACAUUUGCUAGUUUAUAUAAUAAAAAUUACAAGAUUGGUGAUUUUAAGUUAUUUAUUUGUCAUUUUUUCUUAAAAAAUAAACUUAAUGGAAAAUUAGCGAAAUGUAAAAUUGGAACUCACUAUACAAAAAAAAAAAAAUAUAAAAUAAUAAAAGAUAAUAUAAGUAAGUGUCUUGAAAGUUCUUAUGGAUUAGAACCAAAUGAGCAUUAUAUAAUUGACAUGUAUGAUGAAACACAUUUACAUAAUGAGUAUCAUAACACUUUUCUUUUGAACAACAAAACCUUUAGUUUUGAAUUGGAUUAUAAUACAACACAAAUGGAUGACUAUGGAAGAAUUAAUGAAAAUGAUAGAUUGAAUAGCAGCUCUUAUUUAGAAAAUGACAUAUUAUCCUUUGAUAACAUAGAAUAUGAUGAAGAUGAAGCAAAUGAAAGCAUAAAAAAUUGUUACUUAUAUAAUGGAUACAUAAAUGCUGAUACUUAUAAAAAUUCUGAAGAAUAUAAGUUUUUAAAGAAUCAUUUAAAGCAAAAAAAAGACAGUAUUAUAAAUAUAGAAAUAGGAAUUCCUUCAGAAUAUUGUGAUAAACAAAUUAAGAGUGAAAGUGGAAGUGAAUGUGAGAGUGAAAAUAAAAGUGAUAUAAAUUCUGAAGAAAAUGAAAAUGAAGAUAAAAAAAUGAUAAAUAAAAAAAGAAAAAAACAAAAAAAAAAAAUAUAUGAAAUUUAUAAUACAGAAACGACAAUUAAACAAAAUAUAUAUUGUGCGAAUUACUUAAAUGAAAAUUAUUCAUCCUCAUAUGAUUAUGCUAGUGAAGAAAGUAGUAGUAGUAGGAGUGAUUUUAUUGAUAAAGACUUUUAUGAUGAAUAUUUUGGGGAUAAUUAUGGGAAUGAUUUUUUAUGUCAUUGUAGUGUCCGCAGUUAUGAUACAUUUCAAAGUACUUAA